UCUCGGAGCAUCAGCCACUUUUCCUGCCUCCCUCCCAGCCCGGCUGUCCCUCCUUCCCUGCCCAAGCCCUCACCUCACUCCACAGCCCAGGACAGGGACCAUUCCUGGGAGGACAGUGGAGGAGCUGCAGGAUGGAAGAGAAAAGCAAAAUGCAGACAGAGAAGCACCUCACGGGAACGCUGGUCCUCUCUGUCUUCACUGCAGUGUUGGGCUUCUUCCAGUUCGGCUACAGCCUGGGUGUCAUUAAUGCCCCCCAGAAGGUGAUAGAGGCACACUACGGGCGCGUGCUGGGCAUCAUCCCCCUGGAUGGACACGCCACCAACACCUCCGGGGAGGAUGGCACAAACCCCCAGGCUGGCACCAAGGGCACACUCGCACCCCUGGCUGACACCAGCGAGGACCUGGCCACCUCCUCACACAUCCUCACCAUGUACUGGUCCCUCUCUGUCUCCGUGUUUGCCGUCGGUGGCAUGGUCUCCUCCUUCACCGUGGGCUGGAUCGGCGACCGGCUCGGCAGGGUGAAAGCCAUGCUGGUGGUGAAUGUCCUCUCCAUCGCCGGGAACCUCCUCAUGGGGCUGGCGAAAUUUGGGCCGUCUCACAUCCUCAUCAUCGCUGGGAGAGCAGUCACAGGGCUGUACUGCGGGCUCUCCUCCGGACUCGUGCCCAUGUACGUCAGCGAGGUCUCUCCCACGGCCCUUCGGGGAGCGCUGGGGACGCUGCACCAGCUCGCCAUUGUCACAGGGAUCCUCAUCAGCCAGGUCCUUGGACUAGACUUUCUCCUGGGCAACGAUGAGAUGUGGCCCCUGCUCCUCGGUCUGUCUGGUGUGGCUGCCCUGCUGCAGUUCUUCCUGCUCCUGCUGUGCCCCGAGAGCCCCCGAUACCUUUACAUCAAACUGGGGAAGGUGGAGGAAGCUAAAAGAAAUUUGAAAAGGCUUAGAGGAAACUGUGACCCGAUGAAAGAGAUUGCAGAGAUGGAAAAAGAAAAGCAAGAAGCUGCUAGUGAAAAGAAAGUCUCCAUAAGACAGCUUUUCACCUCUUCCAGGUACAGGCAGGCUGUCAUCGUGGCACUGAUGGUGCAAAUAUCCCAGCAGUUCUCAGGAAUCAAUGCGAUCUUUUACUAUUCUACAAACAUUUUCGAGAGAGCUGGAGUUGACCAACCAGUUUACGCAACCAUCGGUGUCGGAGUGGUGAACACAGUCUUCACUGUUAUCUCUGUCUUUCUGGUGGAGAAGGCGGGCAGGCGGUCCCUGUUCCUGGCUGGAUUGAUGGGCAUGUUAAUAAGUGCCGUGGCCAUGACAGUUGGACUUGCGCUUCUGAGCCAGUUUGCCUGGAUGAGCUAUGUCAGCAUGGUUGCGAUCUUCCUCUUCGUCAUCUUCUUUGAAGUCGGGCCUGGGCCCAUCCCCUGGUUUAUUGUGGCCGAGCUGUUCAGCCAAGGCCCACGUCCUGCCGCCAUCGCUGUCGCCGGCUUCUGCAACUGGGCCUGCAACUUCAUCGUGGGAAUGUGCUUCCAGUACAUAGCGGAUCUGUGUGGACCGUACGUGUUUGCAAUCUUCGCAGCCCUGCUCCUACUCUUCUUUCUGUUUGCCUACUUCAAAGUCCCAGAGACAAAAGGGAAGUCCUUUGAGGAGAUCGCAGCUGUGUUCCGCCGCAAGAAGCUCUCGGCCAAAGCCAUGACUGAGCUGCAGGACCUGCGAGCCACUGAGGAGGCAUAACCAUCCCACCCACCCAGAAAGGAGGGACUGGGCAUGGACCUCCUUCAGGCACUGUGGGCAAAAGUCUCAUUUCACAAAAACCUUGCAGCUGGCAGACCAGGAGGACCCAUCCACCGCAUUCCUUCUGGCUGCUGCGGUUCACACCUCCCAGGUGCUAACCUGGCAUUUUGGUCUGAGACACUUGGUACAACUGUACUGCAGGAAGAGCCAGGGAAAGGACGGGAGGAGUACGUUAUCUGUGUGUCUCCAUGUCCCUCUGUAAGACCCCAGCAGGACGGUGAUGUUACCACAUGGCCAAGCAGGGCCAUGGCGCAGCUGGAGUGAAGGAAAGGGGGGGUCGGCUGAUGCUGCAGCCUCACAUUUUCACCUUUUUGUCCCAUGCUUGCUGCUUCCUUCUCGUGACUUGGUGCCUUGAGAAGCCAACUGCUAGUGCAGUUGUGCCUCCAGCACACAGUACUGAUUGCAUGGGGUACCAAGGAAAACAGGUCAGGCAAACUCCCCCUUACUCAUGCCUGUGCAGAGGAAAAAGGUGGAUCCCACUUGAACCUCACUUGCUUUGCUGUCUGUGCAUUAUGGAAAUGCUGUCCGAUCUCAUAAGGAUUUCCAAUCACAAAAUUUUUUAGGAGAAUCUUAGAAACUGUGGCUGGGCUGAUGGGCAUUUUUUUCCUUAUGUUUCAGCCAAACUAUUUAGCACCCUCUUUCCUCCUAGGAAGCCUCUUCUCCCUCCCUUCUCCCUGCUGCAGCACAAGACAAGCACAAUACUGACCACACAAGGGGCCUGGGCGCUCCUGACCCCAGGAUGAGGAGACCCAAGUCCUGCUGCCAUCCCUCCCAUGGUGUGACUACUGCCAGGUCACCUCCUUCCCCAUCCUCUGAGCUUGCCUUCCCUUCCUUUUGUACAAUGCUCAGACCCACAGGCUCCAGCCUGAGUCAAGGACUUGGGCUGCCCAUACUGUAACAAUAGAUGAUGACCCAAAGAGGGAAUGGGUACUGGAGGGUUAACUGGAAGGUGCCCACUGAUGGGACCCCCACUUUGCACCACUUAGGAUUUUGCUGGCUGGAUGUGCUGCAGCCAAGAAGUGCAAGCAGGAGGUCAUGCUGUUUCCAUAGCCUUGUUUGUGCUCCUUUUGCUUCUUUGUGAGACAUUUUUAUGUGACAGAAUCAAACUCCAUGGAUUUUUCUUCCUUUUUUGGGGGCAUAUCUUGGAACCACUGUAAAAGCCUCCUCUCUGUUUGCUUGACUUUUAAGAUUUGCAUGUUCUUUGUUGUGAUACCAGGUUACUUUCUAGCAACUUUCUCAGGAUAGAAACCCAUUAUUUAUUUAGAGAUGAAACACUAGCAUUGCUGGGUUGCUGUGAGCUCACCACGCUGAUGGUGAAGCAGUGGCCAAAAUGUAACAGAGGAUCAAGCAUAAUGAAAAGCACAGAACAGAUGGGCCAAGGAGGAUCAUGCUGCUGCUGUGGGUUUGGUUUUAGGGAAUGUUCAUGCUCCUUUCCAUGUGCCUGAACGUUUUUCCUUUGUAGACUUUACUUUCUUGGUAUUACGACUCUAAAGCAGAUUCUAGUCCCUUCCAAGUGACUGGAAGUGCAGCCAUGAGGUCCUUUGGGAGAAGUGUCUGGCCCCAGUGUGUGCACUGAAGCAGUAAGAUUGCACCAAAGGCUUUCCCGGAGUGACUGCUGGGAUUUAACUAGAGAAGAACUGGGUCAGUGCUGUCAUGUGCUACAGCAGUGGGGAUUCCAGGUCUGACAUGGGGUAUGCAGGGAUCUGGGAACCAGGGCCCAGGCUAGGGUGAAGAAGAGAGCAGCAGAGCUGGGGCACAGAUCUGAGUGGAACCCUCUGUCCGUGUGCUGCAAACAGGUCCUCCCAGGUGAGACCAGCUGCCACAGCAGGCUCAGAAACUCUCCACAUUGUUUACUACAGGUAGUUAAAUAUUAUAACUGAUUGUCUGAAUGUAAAAGGGGGGGGGGGGGGAAGAGAUGGGUUCUUGCUUUCAGUAAUGUUAUCUAUGUCUGUUAGAUAAAAGUGACAGUGAACA